CGGCGGGAGGGGGGGAGUGUGAGGUGACCAAGCAGGAGGUGAAGAAGACCAGCUCGUUCAGCAUCAGGAACCUGAUGGGGGAUUCCGACGGCGCGAGUAACAGCGAAGAAUACUAUCCCCAAGAAUACCAACCGCCAAAAUUCAGCAUGGGAGUCGCCGAGCCACCAAAAGACGAUUCUCCCCGAACGACGCCCGAGCUCACCCGAACGCCAGACCUAAGGACAGACCAGUCUCCCCCCACCGCUCCGCCAGGAUCCGCAGACAGUGAUGACGCUGAUGAGUUUGCGCCUAAGAGGAAGCAGAGGAGAUAUAGGACGACGUUCACUAGCUUUCAGUUGGAGGAGUUGGAAAAGGCAUUCUCAAGGACGCAUUACCCUGAUGUGUUUACUAGGGAAGAGCUGGCCAUGAAAAUCGGAUUAACCGAAGCUAGAAUACAAGUAUGGUUCCAAAACCGGCGAGCAAAAUGGCGGAAACAAGAGAAAGUGGGGCCUCAGGCGCAUCCCUACAACCCCUAUUUGGGGGGCGCGGGGGGCGCCCCUCCCCCGUCUGUGGUGGCAUCCAUGCCCAACCCCUUCACACAACUGGGGUUUGGCUUCAGGAAGCCUUUCGACACGAAUGCGCUGGCAUCUUUUAGAUACGGCAGCACACCAAUGCUCGGAGCACAAUACCUCGGCGCCCUCCGACCACCUCUCUUCAGCACCCCCCUCUACACCUCAGCGCCCCCCUUCCACUCCCUCUUAGCCGGCCUCGCGCCCCCCAGAAGAUCGCCCGAGCCCCCACAAGUUUCACCCCCCAUCUCGCCAGGCAGCGAGUCCCCUCCAACGGCUCCAGAAGUAGAAAGAAGGAGCUCGAGCAUAGCGGCUUUAAGGAUGGCCGCGAGGGAACAUGAGAUUAGGUUAGAGAUGCUAAGGCAGCGACAUCAUUCAGAUCUGAUCAGUUGAAACUAACUUUUGACCCAGUGCUAACCCAAUGGUAGAAG